CCUGCUAGUACGACCAUGGGGAACAGGUUGCAGAAUUUCCCACUCACUCUUUUUCUAUUCGUUGUUUUACACGGAGUGACUGGCUUCAGCAUCAGAAACGAGCUGCUGGGCAAGUGUAUGCAGGUCCAGGAUGGUCGUCCCCGAGGUGGCAGAGUCGUUCUGGAGGAGUGUAGCCCAGACUCCCCCCUUCAGGAGUGGCAGUGGCUCCCAGAGACCCAAGCCCUCAGCAGUGUCUACACCGGGGGCUGUCUGACCGCCCUGCGGGUCCAGCAGCACGAGAGUGUCCGACUGCAAGGCUGCAGAUCUGGGGUCUCUUCCGGGGUGGAUGCGGGGGUCGCUGGUGGGGAGAAAGAGGAAGAAGACAAGGAUGUUCAGUCGUGGACGUGCACCAGAAAGGGCCAUCUUGCGGUCCAGGGGCUCCACUUGAGUGUGAGGCAGGACUCAAGCAAGAUCUUUCUCUCCAAAGAACGAGGACAGGUCAGCAAGUGGAGCUUCGCGGGAAACGGCACAGGGUGCGUUGAGAGGGGCGACGGACAUCGCCACCACCCUCACCAUCGUCAUCCUGUGGGGUCCUCGCUUAUUGAGCGCUCUCUGAGUCUUUCUACUUCAUCCAACCAGUCCCAGCCAGGGGGAACUGACCAGAACACCACAGACCCAUGGUUGGAGCGGUUGCCGCGGCCACAGAGCACAGCGGUGUCUGAGGAGCCCUCCAUAAUGUACUUCAGUAUGGACUAUGGGAUGGGCUGGAAGGUGACGAUGCUCGUGCUGAGCUCCUUGGCCCUGGUGCUGGGAGCGGCGAUCCUCAUAGUCAACGUCCACCACAACAGGAGGAAGAAGGUGGUGUGCGUGUUAAAGUCGUACGCUCCCGCGGGCGAACUCAGUCCGCCAGGGUCGCCCGCGCCCGGCGAGAGGGCCCCCCUCACCAAGAACGCCCUCCGCCCCCCUCGCUCUCCCGCGCCGCAGCGCGGCGAGAUCCUCAUCGAAUGGAAGGAUGGCACCGUCACUCCCCUGUUUGAGAGCUGCCUCGUCGAGUGAGGCCGUGCGUGCGUUUGCGUGUGUGUUCGUGCGUCCCUGUGUGCGAUGGACAGGCGGGGAAAGAGCCAUGGAACGAGAACGAAAGAUUAGGAACCCGAGAACGCCUCCUUACAUGGCACAGACGACUCCCUCCGCAUUUCAUCACUUAAUACUAAAAAGCAUGUGAAGGUUUGGUCGAUCGUAUCAGAUCUCCAGCAGGCAUGCGUUUCACCCAGCGUAACCCCGAUGGAAUUUCAGCAAUGCCCGUAGGCAAGCUCCCUCUGAAGGGUCUUGCCAGGCCGAGAUGAAAGCUUUCAAAGUGGGGGCCAGAGAAUACUGACGGACCUGAGAGAGUUACAGUGAACCACACAACCCAGAUGGGCUGCAUUAGCUUCACCUUGAAGCUACUGAGACCCGCAGCCAAGGGCUCUGCUGUCCAGGACCCCCAAAAAUGUGGAUGCCGAAUUGGUAAACCAUCAAAAGGCAGCGAUAACAGUGCAGGCAGUACACCGGAGAUGUGCGUCAGUUCUGUGUGUGGAGACGGGAUGGCGUUGGUGUUAGGCUAAUGUUGUCUUCAGAGACGCUUAGUUAUGUUAAUGUUACUCAAGAAUGCAGCUUUUGAAGCCUUUUUGGCUCAAAUGGAAGCUUUUGAAAUAAAUAACUUACUAAUGACUUGCAUAUCAUAGGAAAUGCUGAUCAACUGAGGAAUCUAUUGUAAUUGAUGAAUACUCAAUGCACUUUCUUACUAAUAAUGUAGAUUUGUUGUCGAUAGAGUUUACAGUGUUUUUUAAAAAACUCAUGCUUUGUUAACAGUUAUAAUUAUUGUUGUUGUUAUUAGUUAUUUUCAUCAUCCACCUUGAGAAGCAUACGAUGUUGCAAAAACUUCAAUAAACUAAGU